AUGGGGGACGCCAUCGUAGCGGCGACGCAGUUGAAUGACGUUCGCGUCAUCAUCGCGUUGUUCAUCGUCGGUGCGACGUCGAUCGCGCUGACGCUUCACUGGGUGCUUCGAACGGUGUUGCCCUGGUUUAUAGGACUCGCGGCGAGCUUCGUCAAUCGAAGCGGGUUGCGAUUGAGUAUCGAUAGUUUCGGGAUCACGAGCGUGCGUGGAGUGAGCGUGAGCUUUAACAAGCCCGGCACGGCGCUGCGUAGGGUGCAGAUUGCGGAGAUUGCGUACGUGGGGAACGCGUCGACCAUCGUGACGUGGUUGUUGAAUUUCGCGUUGCGCAAGGCGAGCGGGAAGCAUUUACGGGAUGAUUUGCCGCGCGUGGGUGAAAAGAAUGGUAAAACCAGAAGUAAAAGUGAUGAUGGGUUCGCGGAGAUGACGCCUCGUGGUAACGAUAGUCCGUCAUCGGAUGGAACGCCGGCGAGCGGACGAAGACGGUUCAUACGCUUUGGCGUCGGAUCGCUCAAGGCGGCGUUCGUGGUGUCGGGCGUAGAAAUUACGACGCGGAGUAAAGCCGACAUAAAUACGGAGGAUGGGUUGCAAAAGCAGUCGUCUGAUUUAGGUCGCGCAAAAAUGACGAACACUAAAAAGAAGGCGAUGACGCGCGGCAAGUGGAGAUUGAUGAAGGGCAUCGCGUCCUUUGUCGACAUCACGGUCGUAUCGCUGACGGUGCGCGAAGAAGAUGAUGAUGACGUCGACAUGUUGUUUUGUGAUAAACUCACGUUUGAAGCGUCUGGCAAGGCCGGAGCUUCGCUGAAAUUCCUCAUCACGGCACGUAUGCUGCGAGGCAAGGAUGGUUGGAGCAUGACAGACACCAACGUGAACCUCGUCGCGGAGUUUGAUUCCGAGACGAAAACUAUCGUACCUGUGCACGCGGGAUUGAGUGGUUCGACCUUGUCUCUCGUGAAGCGUGUUGGCGAGCGAGCGAAGAAGAUCGAGACGAAAACAGAUUUGGCGCCGAUUACCGUCAAACAACAGCAAGGUCCGCACAAGGCUGUGAGGGGUCUACUCAAAGUGCCGAGGAAAUGCAAGAUAGAAUUUAAACGCGUCGUGAUGGAGAAUAAGAACCAGGAAGCACCGUUGACUGGCGUGAUGACGCAUAUGCAAUUCUCGGUCGAGAGAGUGAGCGCGUCCAAAAAGGGAUUUCGUCUCUUUCGAAAGCAACAGCAAGUCGUCUCGCCGUUUGCCUCCACGGCGUUCGAGGCGGACGCGUGGGCAGAGGUGAAUAUGUCCGUGGCGGAUGCAAAAUUAGUGCAUGGAAAGCAUCAGACAUUAGCUCUCAUCAACGCGCCGAGUGCCUCGGUAUUCUUGUCGCUUUCAGAGAAAGCACUCGGCGACGGCGGCAAAUUGCCCGCCACCGCAACGUUUACGGUGGAUUCGUGCGAUUUUAGGCACCAUGCCGAUGCGGCAGAUUUAGUCGCUGCGUUAAAGGCGCAGAAAACGAAAUCAAGAAACGGCUCCACUAAGUCGACGAACACAAAAAAGAACUCGGCGCCGUGGGACGUCGUCGAUGCGCAGAUGAUGUGCAAAACGUCGCUAUGCGCGAGAAUGUACGACGAGCACGGGGCAACAUCGUGUCAGUUUCUCACCGAGCAGAUUCGUGGUCGAUAUGGAAAUUUAGUCGAUGAAGGGACGUGUAUGCUAGUUAGUUCGAGCGCGUCAGACAAGCGCGGCGUGUGCACGAUGUCACGCGUACAAGUGACGGUUCCCGGUUACCACCCCGUCGUGCAGAUUGAAGCCAUCAGCGUUGCGCUAUCCGAAGCUGCCGGAAACGCGGUUGAGUUGUCGGAAACUACCAUCGAUUUGAACAUGAACGAAGCAGGUGAACUCGCAAAGAAGAUUGAUGCCGUCGCGAAGCGCGCCAAGGCAACCAUGGCGAGCGCAAAAGGCGAUUCGUCUGACAAGGCGACGUCUUCAAAUAAGGUGAAGAAAUCUACACGCGUCAUCUUGGUCGACACAGCGAUGCGUGCUCGAUGCACGAUGACGCCUUACUCGACGUUCGGUGAGAUACCGCAAAACUCGCGCGGCGAUGAGCCUGUAGAGUGCGCGCUCGACAUAAGUUGUCCGCUCGCAGAGAUGUCGCAGCCGGAGGCAAACUUAACGAGAAUGGCGGCGGGUGGUUUCACAGUCUCUAUGUACGACACCAUUCAAAGACCCGCCAAAGCCGAAGAGGCGAAGAAAGAUUCGCGGUGGGUCGGACGAGUCAAUUACGAAGAAGUCGCGGUAGAGAACAACCGCGUGAUGCUAGUCGGAAGUCUCGAUGUUGAGUACAAACAAGGCGCCAACAAGCGCGCGGCAGUAUCCGUGGAAGGCGUCGAAUUUGAUUGGGAACCGGAUGCGCAUUUUCUCGCACUAGAAAUUUCAAACCUGGCAAAGGCUGCAAAGCCAGCAAAGAUGUCGACUGACGGUACGCAAAACGCCUCGAAGGAUCAAACAAAAUUGGAUCUUUCGUUUGACGUGCGCAAAGUCAGCGGCUCGUUCUUUGUCACGCCGGGCGCGUGCGCGCAAGUAUCAUUUGGACUUAUGGACGCGCGCCCACUCGAAAAAACGUGCUGCGUGAGAGAUGUGACUUUUGGUAUGAACGGAUACACGAUAACGGAGUUAGAAUUGAUCUCCGUAACUCAAGACGAGUGCGAACGCACGUUGCCUCAUGUCGCAGCGAUCACACACGAAGACGCCGAAGACAUCGCCAGGCGCCGCAAGUUUCAAAUUGUGGUUGAGAAGGCAAAGCUCAUGCUUCCCGCAAACUUAGACCUCGGCGACGCCAUGGUAGCCAUGAUUAUAGGCGAAGCGGUAUUCUCCGACGUCGUGAAAACGACUGGGAAGCGCGCAAAGAAGGAGCGAAUUUCGUUGGCUGCCAAUUUACCCGCCUGCGCCGAAUCGUCUCCGUCAAAACCGGCGACUGAAAUCAAUGUCAAGGUCAGCAGUAUCGAAAUUGAAGUCGAAGACUCGAAUGAUUUGGAGCGUUUUAUGCGUGCAAAGCAAGCUGCAUUGGGAUCUUGCAUCGCGGCCGCGGAGUUUACGUCUUCCACUGAAGAGGCGAUGCGAAGCAUCACCACGACGUAUCUCCAGCAUAAGGAAUUCUUAGCAAACGGCGGUGGCUCCGCGUUGCACAUGGAUAUAGGCAGCGUCACCUCUACGGCAGUGUGGGGAGGUGGUAAAGGCGAUGGUGAUGAGCUCACAGCGAAAGCAGGCGCGCACGUACGUCGUGUGGAUGCUCCGUAUAGCGAUUCUGUGUCUUUGCAGAUGCAAAACGUUUUGACGAUGCACACAAGCGUAACCGAAAUGCGCGUCUGCGUGGCGGAUUUGACCGCACGUCCUAUUUUCAUGUGUAGUGAAGCCACGAUCGCAGGGACAUUUGUGCAGGCUAGACAAUACGCCCCGCGCAUAUUGACGGGACAAGUUGCCCUCCCUGUCGGACGAAGACGAUGGGCGAAGACAAACGGACCCGACACGCCUUCGCGACCGACGGCGAUGUGGUACACAGAUGCGACUUUUGACAUCAAAGAAGCUGAUAUAUUUGUGGCGACGUGCAUUGAGCCGUAUUUGUUCAAUGUGUCGCGAGAGCUCACGACGAGACUCGUCCUUCCACGCCUGCACAAGCACAUUCCAGGAGGCGGAGGUGGACGUCCGCCGACGAAGGAAUACGAUCGAAACAAUCCCAGACCGCCGAGCAUGCCCUGGUGGGAUAUUUUGAGAAGUCAGUGGCGCGGAUUAAUGCGUAUAACGAUGAUUCAGUCCGGUGCGAAGGUGGAUAGUCAAGGACAGAUUGAGCAUCUCGGCGCGCACGGGGGAGACUCGUUUGCGAGCGAGCUAGAGAUUUUCGCCGACAUGUGGGAGUUCGACAUGAAGCCGCGCAACGUGGUCAUUCGUAGCGCGAACUUCACGAUAUCAAGAAUUCAAGAUGAUGAAGAGUGUACCGAAGCUUCGACGCCACGCGCGGAUGAACCAUCGCCGAAGCAUAAGUUGGUCAUCUUCCCGGUCAUGUGCGUCAAGGCAGAUUACGAAUUCAAAGCCCUCCUCGAUGGCGGCGAUGGUCAUCGUACGCACUACAGACACGACUCAACGACUGGAAAGGAGCUUUUCUCCAGAGAUUUGACGCGCUCAAGUGCUUGUUUUGUGAAUCUCGAUGUCGAUCUGGCGUCCAUGGAAGAGUUCGUCACGAAAAUGGUCAACGCCGCGACCAUGGAUCGCUUCGUCGAAUACGUGAGAAAUCUUACCACUGACGUGCCAUCGUUCGAACACCAGGGCCACUAUUCGAAUCCGACCAUAGCGCUGACACCAGAUGACGUUGAGUUCAUGAAACAAUGGGAACAUGGGAUGAAGAAGCCAAUGGUCGCGCUGCGGUCGAUCUGGAACUUGCGACCGUGGGGCGCCCCGCGACGGGUAAAACACCCAGAAUCGAUAAGUUUGGUUGACUUGUUCGCAAGCAUCGACACUGUCAUCACCUCGAGCGUCAUUCAUGUGGUGAACGCUUCGAGCGACGAGACAGCUAAUGCGUACGGGGCGUGUUUCUGUCUCAAAUCGGUGCAUUGCGUCGCGAAAAAAGCGCCUCGGACCAAGGUGGAAUUCACCCUGCGAGCAGAUUCGUCGCAAUUCCACGUGCCUGAGCGUGACGGCAGUCUCGAACGUAAGGGAUCGAGUCCACGUCGCCUCGCUAAUCUUCGCGCUGGAUCUAUUACCAACAGACUGAACUUUGCAGAGCUCGACGACGUCGUCAAAGAGAUGUUGCAAGGAAGCGCCAAGAGCCCGUCACAGGCAGAUGAUGGAUCGGCUUCGCGCCCGACGUCCACGGAUCCAACGUUGGUAUUAGACACGAAAAGACUCGAGAUUACUCAGCGCAAUGAAGAUUCAGUGGCCAGCCAGGGCAUUCAGAUCGAAGUUGACGCUCCUCGGAUCUUAAUUGAAGCCGAACAGCGGAACGCUAUCCUCGGCUGGAUCAACGCCAUUUGGACGGCGGCGCAGACGGAAAGACGCGAGCCGACUUGGACCGAGCUCAAUCGCAUCCUAAAGUCAGCGGAUAAACUGUCGGGAGUGAGUCGACGUCGCCGUGAAUUAGACGAUAUCAUGGGCGAUGGACCAAGUUUGCACGCGCUAAGUGCGGAAGAGACGCUCGAAAAGAAUUACGAAUCACCGAAACGUGCGACGGAAGCUGUUGUGCUCUUCGUCAUUCAAAUCACCGCUCCGCAAAUCAAUUUUAAGGGCAAAGAUGCCGCUGGUCGAAUGUUACUCGCAGCCGAAGGCGGACUUGUGGUUGGUAGACGAAUGGACGACGGCGGUUCGACGGGUCGUCGUCUCGUCACGGUAUCUUUACAACAAGUUCAAGCGUACGUGGCGCCGACGAACGUCGACUUAAACGCCGGUGUGCAGUGGUUGCGGGAAAAUCAUUCUUCGGUGGAUGGCAUACAUACUUCUUUGGUUCGUGACGACGUAUUCGAAAGUGGCGACGGUCGCAAAGAAUCAGGUUCGCUCUUGCGACGCAUUUUCGCUCCAGGUUCGAUGGUUUUUGAGCACGCAAACGCCGUCACAGCGACGCAAAGUCGCAUAACCGACGCCGAGUUGUACGCGUACAACGAGCCGACGGAGGCUGAUGUUCAGGCUUUCGGUAAGCGCACGGCGAGCGAGACCAAAGGGGAAGCGGUGAGCCAAUUUUCAAUGCGUUCUCCCGAAAUCGUCGCGGAAAUGAAUUCGAGCCAGUACGUUGUUUUGAUCGACGUCAUGGCGAGCCUAUUCUUGACACCAGCGGCUUUGGAGCGUCCUCGACCGAGCUUUCAGGCUUCAAAGGUUUUGAUGAGUCGUGAUCGAACGUUGAGUGACACGGUUGCGCUUGAAUCUUCAGCUAUCGUCGCGAAACCGAUGAUGAAGUUGAUGGCCGCUCGCUGGGCGGUGGAGAGUAUGGAGAAGAAUUAUCGCCGCGCGGUCGCUCUGGCGCCGAGCGAAAAGCAGAAAGUCCUUCGUGAAAUCGAUGUCCUUUGGUCCGCUGCGCAGAAGGCUGAGUUGCGCGUCCUCGCUGCGGUGCAUCAAGCCGAAGAGAACGAUAGGCUCUAUCGGCGGCACUCCGCGAUUCGAUUAAGUCUCGAAAUCGAACACGCGGCUUGGACUUUGUGGCAGGGUGGGAGUCCUUUCAUCUCCGCUCAGCUCUCGCGACUGUCGCUUUCGCGCGAACGCCAGGUUGACUCUUCUGGGAUGCUGCGAUUUAAGCUGCACGGUUUAAGUAUGGUGUCGCUCGAUGAAGGCUGCGUCGAUCAGAUGUUUUCUCGCUGGAUUCCACCGGGAAGCGUGCACGAAUCACGCGCGCGUAACGACGCGCCGUUGAUUGACUUUUUCUCCAUCCGCGCGGGAUCGGCGCCGGAGAAACCGGUAUACGACCAUUUGGAGCUGAGUGUGCAACCGUUCGAGGUGGACAUCAAGCACUCGCAGUACAAAAUGAUUUACCAAUAUCUCUUUCCAAUGACGAAGUCCAGCGAUCACGACGCGUUUGAGAAUGUUUACAGGCGUCCGGCGCUCGCCAAGAAUGCGGAGAUGUCGCCGCGCGAGAGCUUGAUUCGGGCGCAAUCUAUAAACGCAAAGGGUGUGCAUCUGACGCCGCUUGAAUUGCCGUCGGAGAUGUCGGCGUCAAAGCAUCGGCGACGAUGGCGUUGGAACGAAGAAAAAGAUGAAGUUCUCGAAGAGUUUGAAGACGUGCAUGCGAAAAAGGGCGAAAAGGGUAUUGAUCACAAAACCGUACUUUUGCGCUAUUUCAGAAUUCAUCCUCUGCACAUGGAGAUGACGUACGAAGGCAAAUCACGCGGGUUCAGAGACUUGCAACUCGGCGUCGACGCCUUUGCGUACGAAAACUUUUCCGGUCGCUGGCGUGACUUGACGUCAGAGCUUAAAAACCACAUCGUAUGGAGCGUGUUGAAAUCGCUCGUCGGCUUUCGAGGAAAGUUUGUCGAGAGCAAGAUCGAUGACACGCAGUCCAUCUUCAUGCGCGUCGCGGAGCGGUUGAAGAAAACUGCCAACUUGCUCCCGAAGCCCAAACCAGAAACUUCCAGCGGCGCCGAGCACGAUUCCGAGUCGGAGACGGCCGUCGACGACCGAAUUAAGUCGCAGACGUCCCAGGCCGAACUCUUUCGCACCGGAUGGAACGACGUCGACGUCGAUAUCGAAGUACCGCGCGGCGAUGGUCGAAAAGCGCCGUCGCGACGCUUCUCGAGGAAGAAGAAGAAACCUCGCCGCAUCCGCCCAAUCAAAAACACCAAGAAAUUCCUCGCCACGGUCGGCAUUGGCUCCUACACGCCGAGCGGUGCCGAGGGAACGCCUUCUUUGCGCAGCCGCACCGAAGUCAUCGACGCGUGGUCCACCCCAAACUUGUAACGUUGUAA